CAGGGGACACCAUGUCAGGGGUCAUUCGUAAACAGGAAUAGAUUCAACACAUUUGUUGAUAGACCGCUAAGGCGGUCACUACUCCAAUCAUGCGAAGCAAGUUUUUCUGUGUGAUUUUUGUGAUUUUUUACAAUUUUCCGCUGUAUCGACAAGAUUCGAUUGAGAAUAACACCAUUCUUAAACAGAAUGUUUCCACGACGGAGACACCCAUCAAAUCAAGACUUUUGUAUGAUUACCAAACACAUGCAGUCGCCUUUAAGGAUCUCAUAGAAUCAAAAUGUAUUUUGGAAAUUCUUAGUGGAAACGACAGCGUCAUUACCAAGUGGAAUUUAAAUGGAAGAAGAGGUAGCAUAUCAAAAGAUUUCCUCCACAACGAAUUAUUGUCAAAACGUCAGAUAUGGAGAUUAGCUGGUGACCGGAUAACUGAAUUUUGCAGAGGGUUUCCCACAUAUCUCAUUAAAAACAAUGCAGACCUAACUGAAAACCAGGAAAUUAUUCUUAACGAUUUACCGAACUAUAUAAUUAAAAACCGAAGAAAAAGAACUACAAGUCAUUAUUUUCAAGGACGAGUGAGAGGUCAGACGCAGUCUCAGUAUUUAAAUUUUGGAAAAUCAGAUGAACCUGGAAAAGCUGAAGCUGAAUCUACUUAUGAAGGAUCCAAAGCAGUUGUUAGUGGAAGCAAUGGAAUGGGCCAGGCUCAAAGCCAAAGCCUUCCUUUCGGUUGUGACGAAUGUUAUGGCAGAGAUCAAGAUCAAACAAUAGAACUACAAAGAUUACCGGGAGGAAGAAUUCCAGAGGCAAUUAUUCAAAGACCCGGUGGUACUGAUACGAUAGGAAAACCAGGAUGGACUGGAGGCAGUGGACACGGUGAGCCUGAAUUAACUGGGCGUCCUGGACAAGCUACCGGUCCAGGACAAGUAGGAGGAUGGACAGGUCAAACCGGUAGGCCAGGUCAAGUAGGAGGAUCGGGUUCAACAGGAGGUGGUCAAUAUGGAGGAGGGCCUAGCCAACCAAAUAUGCCAUCACGAGGUACAGGAAGAGAUGGAUGGCCAGGCCAAUCUGAAGGUGGAGGUCAAACAGGAGGCUGGCCUGAACAAAGUGGUGGAUGGCCUGGUCAAACUAGUGGAAUUAGACAACCAAGUGGAAUGCGACAACCAGUUGAAACGGGACAACCAGGUAUAAUAGGUCAACCAGGUGGAUACGGCCAGCCAAGUGGAACAAACCAACCAGGUGGAAUCGGGCAACCUGGAGGAUAUGGACAACCAGGUGGAACAGGACAACCAAUUGAAACGGGACAACCAGGUGUAAUAGGUCAACCAGGAGGAUAUGGACAACCAAAUGGGGCAAGACAACCAGGUGGAAUCGGACAACCAGGAGGAUACGGGCAACCAGCUGGAACAGGACAACCAGUUGGAACGGGCCAACCGGGUAUAAUAGGUCAACCAGGAGGAUAUGGACCACCAAGUGGAACGGGAUACCCAGGUGGAACAUUGCAACCAGGAGGGUAUAGACAACCUGGCAGCCCUGGACAAUCAGGUGAAAUAGCACCACCACGUAAAAUAGAACAACCAGGUGGAAUUCAGCAACCAGGAGGAAUAGGGCAAUCGGGCGGUUACCCAGGAAGACCUGGCGAAAUACCACAAACAAAUGAAUGGCCUGGACAAGCUGGAGGUAUUCCACAGCCAGGAAGGUGGCCUAGUCAAACAACUGGUCAGACCGGGACCAACGGACAAAGAGGUCCUGGUCCAGUUGGUGGAGUAGAUCAAAAUGGAAUACCGAUAGAGAGCUGGCCGGCCAAUGUAGGUGAAAAACCAGGUAGCGUCGGGGAUUGGCCAGGUCAACAAUGGCCAAGUCACGUAGGCGGAUCUGCACCAGGUGGUACACAGCCAUCUGUUCCAUUAGGUACUACUGGGCAAGAUCAAGGACCUAGACAAACAGGUGGAUGGCCCGGAUCAACCGGUCCACAGCCACCUUCUCAAGUAGGUACUACUGGGCAAGGACAAGGACCUAGACAAACAAGUGGCUGGCCCGGAUCAACGGAUUCACGUAAUCCUCCACUUAUUCGUCCAGAUCAGUCUGGUGGUUCCGGACCUACUAUAGGACAAAUAUCUAAAUAUCCAUAUGGUACUGGAGUAUUUGGAGGUAAAUUAAGUGGAGAUUAUCAAGGGCAGCAAGGUAACUACGGUAGAUUUUCAGGUCAAUUUUCUGGCCAAUACGAAGCUUAUGGACCUCAAGGUCCACCGCGACCAGGUGAGUUAGGAUACGGACAACCAGGUCAAUUAAGAUAUCCAGAAAUUUCAAGUACACCACCAACAGGUAGACCUGGACAAGCAGGAACCGGUACUAGACCUGAUCAAGCAAGUGGUCCAGGACAAACAGGUGGCUGGCCAGGACAAACAGGUGGUUGGCCAGGACAAACAGGUGGUUGGCCAGGACAAACAGGUGGUUGGCCAGGACAAACAGGUGGUUGGCCAGGACCAAUAGGAAGUCCAGGACAAAUAGGAAGCCCAGGACAAACGGGUGGUUGGCAAGGACAGGUAGGAAGUCCAGGGCAAAGUGGUGGUUGGCCUGGUCAGGGACUAGGUCCAGGAGUUACAGGAGGUACAAACGGACCAAUUAGUAGUUGGCCAAGUCCAGUUGGAAGUCCCGGACAAGGUGGAAAUUGGCCUAGCCCAGGCAUCCCGGGAAAUGUUGAUGGGAGACCAAACACUGGCUGGCCCGGAAAUUUAUUAACCCCAGGACAAGUACCCGGACCUGUACAAUCCGGAGGAUGGCCUGGUCAAAAUGGUGGUAGUUUGCCUGGGCCAGGGCAGAUAGGAACUACAGGACAAACAGGAGGAUGGGCUCAAACUCCACCUUCGGGCACUGCUGGAGGUGGAAUUCAAACAGGUAAUUUGCCCGACCAAGGAGGAAAUGUAGGUCCUGGUGGGGGUAGCCCAACUGGCGGUUUGCCUAGUCCAGUAGGUGUCCCAGGACAAAAUAUUGGUUGGCCCGGUCAAACUGGAACUCAAGUAUCUGGUUAUCCUGGUCAAAAUGGACAAAGUGGUGCUUGGCCUGGACAAGAAGGUGGAACAAAUCACCCUGGCUGGUCAGGUCAACCAAGUGGAACAGGUCAAUUAGGUGGUUGGCCUGGACAAGUAGGAACUCAAGGGGGUGGUCAAGGUGGCAGCACUGGAGCACCAGGUCUAACGCCUGGGCAAACAGUAGGGGCCGGUCAAGAUGGUGGAUGGCCUGGUCACGUAGGAGCUCCAGGACAAACUGGUGGUGGAGCCGGUCAAGUUGGCGGAUGGCCUGGUCACCUAGGAGCACCAGGACAAACUGGCGGUUGGCCUGGUCAGGUAGGAACACCAGGUCAAACAGGAGGCUGGCCUAGUCAAAGUGGUCCUGGUUCUUUUGUAACAGUACCUGGUCAGACGGGGGGAGGAACUGGAAAUGUACCUGGACUAAUCGGUGGACCCGGCCAAGCAGUUGGUGGUCAAAUUUCCGCCGUAGAAUCAGAUGAUUCAGAUUCACAAGUGCAAACUUCCGUUCAACACACAGAAAACGGAACAACGGCUGAAGCUCAAGCACAAGGAGUCUUUGGCGGAGGUACUGCACAGUCUCAAGUUUCUGGAACCUAUUCUGGAUCUGGUUCGUUUAGCGCUUCUGCGGGGUCGGAUGAUGGUAAAAGAGGUGCCCAAACUCAGGUAUCUGGUGCAAAAGAGGGAGCUCAAAGCUCUGCCCAGGGAAGAGGCGGUGUAGGUCAAUCACAGUCACAAGUUGUUUUCUCGCAUGAAACUGGCCAAACCAGUUCAAGUGCACAAAGUGGUGGUAUUACCCACGGUACACAAUCGCAAGUACAAGCAUCAGAAAAAGGAGGCCUAGCUGACGCACAAUCGAAUGGCCCUGGAAGUACGUCGUCUCAAGCUCAAAUUGGAUUUUUACCGUAUGACGAAAAUGACGCUGAUAACGGCACAGAAUCAUUUAUGGGAGGAGGUACUGCUGGAGCACAAAGUGGCACUCAUUCCGGAAUGUCCCAAUCUCAAGUUCAAGGAAGAUUUAAGUAUGGAGUAAAAUAUACAGGAGCUGCACAAGCUGCUUCCGGAGGAACUGGAUUUGGUAAAAAUUUUACUAAAACUGGCCCGUUUAAUCCAACAGAAAUUGAUUUUAAGGUUGCAAGAGAGAAACUGUCACAGAAACAAGUUCAACGUGCAACAACAGUAUCAAAAACUAAUUCAAAAAGUGUGCCCAUUCCUGAUGAACCCAGUCCAUCCACAACGGUGAAAGCACCCAUAAAUGCAAAAAAAUUAAAUUCAAAUUCAAACCAAUCAAAUAAAAAAGAUUAUGAUGACGAGUAUUACGACGACUAUGAAGAUGAAACUGAAAAACCAAAAACCAGAAGCAUUAUAACACAAUCUGAUCACAAUCAAAGACAACACAUUAUUUUGGAUCCAUUGGAAGAUCUAGAUCUAACUGUACAUCAAAGUAAAGGUGAACUACUUAAUGAGGCUACCGUUAUUCAACCAGGUGAAACCGUUCCUGGUAUUCCAGGUUAUAAAAUACCCCUUGGAUUUAGAGGAACAGUAAAAUCAAUAGCAAAUGGCCCAAAUACGUACGCUAUUGGUAAAAAUUCCCAUGCUCAAAGCGUUACUCUUUCUCCUGGCAGCGGAAAAAUUAUUUACAAAAAACCAUUUUAUGCAGUUACGUCAAAUACUCAUUCAACAAAUGGUCAAUAUGGUUAUGGAUCUGGAUAUACGUAUCAACCUGCUUAUUCACCUGUCAAGUACCAAUUAAAAAGUGGCAAAACAUUACCAAAUUUUGUUUCUAUGACUAAAUCCGAGACAGGAUCAAGAAAUCUAUAUACUGGAAAGAAAACACCAAGCGUGUAUUAUACCCAAUCGUCUACAUGUGGUAUUUUUACCAAUCAAUGUAUAUUUAAUGCGGGUCGAAAAUUAUGUUUUCCUAAAGCUAAAACAAACCCCGAUGGCACCAUAAUGGGGUGCUGAAUGUAUUUAUAUAUAGAUUAAGUUAUUAUAAUAAAAAACUGUAAAUAUAUUAUUGUAAAUCUU